CUUUCAGCCAGGGCAGAGCGCCAGGUUGGGAGGCUAGCAGCGGCAACAGGGAGGAGGUGAAAGCACAAAGCACAACUCUGGGAAGUCUUUCUGGUUGUUGUGAAAUGAGGAAGCGACUGUGAGGUGCUAAUAAACGUUGUGAAAAUGAUUCGGACAUGCAGCGGUGCCACUUUUAGGUCUGUUGUUGGGGCAGCGCAGCCGGUAAAGGACAUUACAACCAGACGGCUGCACAGCACAUAUGACGUGGCCGUGGUGGGAGGUGGCAUCGUUGGCCUGGCAACAGUCAGGGAGCUCAUUCUGCGACACCCGUCCCUCAGCUUCAUCCUGCUGGAGAAAGAAAAAGAGCUUGCUGUGCACCAGAGUGGGCACAACAGUGGAGUCAUUCACAGCGGCAUCUACUACACGCCGGGGUCGCUGAAGGCCCGUCUGUGUGUGCGGGGAGCAACUUUAGCCUACGAGUACUGUGAGAAGAAAGGACUCCCUUACAAGAAGUGUGGAAAGCUUAUCGUGGCUGUGGAGCAGGAGGAGAUACCCAGACUGCAAGCUCUAUAUGAGCGUGGCAUGAAGAACAAUGUGCGUGACCUAAGUAUUGUCGACGCCAAGGGAAUCCGAGAGCGAGAGCCAUACUGCAGGGGUAUAAUGGCCUUGGACUCGCCCUACACUGGCAUCGUGGACUGGAGGAUGGUGGCUCUCAAGUACGGCCAAGACUUUAAGGAGGCAGGCGGCACGGUGGUGACCGAAUCUGAGGUCAGUGACAUUUCCAUGGUCCCAGAGAGUCCAGCUGGGAGCACUGAAGGCAUGAAAUACCCAAUCGCAAUCAGAGACAAAAAGGGUAACGAGGUGCGUUGCCGUUACGUCCUGACCUGUGGGGGCCUGUACUCGGACCGCCUGUCGCAGAUAUCUGGAUGCAGUCGGGAGCCGCGGAUCGUCCCCUUCAGAGGGGAUUAUUUGGUCCUGAAGCCAGAGAAACACUAUCUGGUCAAGGGAAAUAUCUACCCUGUCCCUGACCCUCGUUUCCCUUUCCUUGGAGUUCACUUCACCCCGAGGAUGGACGGAGGCGUGUGGCUCGGCCCAAACGCCGUCCUCGCCUUCAAAAGGGAGGGAUACAAAGUGUACGACUUCAAUGCUCGAGACUUUGCAGAUGCACUCUCAUUCAGGGGCCUUCAGAAGCUGGUGAUGAAGAAUUUAACGUACGGGAUCGGAGAAAUGUAUCGAGGGGUUUUCAUUGGCGCACAAGUUAAAAUUCUGCAGAAGUACAUCCCUGAACUCUCGCGGAGUGACGUGCUUAGGGGUCCUGCAGGAGUCCGAGCUCAGGCUCUCGACCGAGACGGAAAUCUCGUGGACGACUUUGUGUUUGACGGCGGGGUCGGGGACGUGGGCAGUCGGGUGCUCCACGUGCGUAACGCUCCCUCGCCUGCGGCCACCUCCUCCCUCGCUAUCGCUGAAAUGAUCGCAGAUGAGGUGGAGAGCCGCUUCGCGCUGUAGAGCAACACGGUGAUCGCAGAAGGAACGAGAUCAAACCAAAACAGUCCAGGUUGAGGUGGCAAAGUGAAACUAUGUUGUAUCAAACUGUCACUCACUCAGCAUCACUGUCACCAUGGAGACCUUUUUAUUGCAGGUCAAGCCUGACUGUUUUUACUUAAGUAGUGCUGGUUUAAAUUGGGUAAUGUGUUUCCUCGACCGCAUUUCAAGUAAAGAAAAUCGUUUUUUGGUAAUACCUUUUUGUCUUAAAUGAAAGUGCAUCACGAGUUACUCUAAGUGAAAAUGUUAAUCACUGAAAAAGGUUCAGAGUCAGUAAUAUUAUCGGGUUGAACAUAAUGUUUUGAAUAUGAACAUUAUCUUUUUGGGAGGUUGACCAUUUUAAAAUGAUGGAUUUCAAGAGAAUAUAUCUGAUAUGUUUUUUUUUAAUUUCUCUCCACUUUUAGAGGCCAUAUGUGUUUUUUACUGGGUUUGGACUAUGCAAGAGCAAUAAGAGCAGUUUGAACAUUGUAAAGCCUGCUGGUUUCUGUUCUCAAAAAUGAAAUAUUUCAUCAUUCAUUUUAAAACGAUGAUGAUCUCUAGUUUCGUGCCAACAAUCGGUUUGAGAAAGUUUUUUUUUUUUUUUUUUAAUUGUUAAAUCUUUUCUUGUUACGCACAAUUGUACCUACAGAAAUGCACAGUUGAGGAAGAAAGACGGGUUGUUGUUUUUUUGCCAUUUUGGACAUUAAAAAUUAUUUUAAAUCAUAUCGACACUAAAUAUUCUAGUCUUAUGUAAUAUUCACAUUGAUGUAAACUAAGAACACUUCAAUAUUUUCUAAGUUGUGAGUGUGAGAAUUUCAUAUAAUUCUGCUUAAUAUUGCUCUUUGUUAUAGCUUUGAAUUUUGUCAAGAUUAUGCUUCUAUAAAAUUGCUAUUAUUUUAUGGCAUUUAUUGACAAAUGAAUGUUACGUUAUUUUUUUUAUCAGAAUGCAUAUUGAAUAGCAAAAGUAACGGUAAGUAAAAGUGUGGUUUGUGCUGUAUGAUUUUUUAAAUAUAGGCUACAUAUUCGGAAGUACAUUUUAAUAUUAGAAGCCAAGUAAUGAUUUCUGGCACAACGUCACCUUAUUCGAAUGGAGGUACACGGAGAAGGGAAAUAAUGACUAGUUCUUUAUUCCACCAGUUUUUACCUUAUUGGUACUUUUUAGAUUUUGAAUGAAGCACAGUUUGUCCACAAGGAGGCAGAAUAACAGCAACACAUACUGUAAAAGCCCCUAAUGCAAGCACAAAAUAAGUCCAAAUUUGAUGCUGUUACUAAAGCUAGUUGUUUUUAAUGUUUUAACUGUAGAUGCUUGUAUAGUAAAAAAGGAAAUAAAGAAUUUAUUUGCA